AUGGCGGUGGGCACAGUGGCGGGCGGUGCGGGGGCCGGGCGGAGCGGGAAGGAGGCGGGCGGGGAAAAGGCGGCGAGCACGGCGCGGCUGCUGCGCACCGUGCUGAGCUGGGACUUCUUCCACAUGCUCGCACUCUCCAAGGUGCUGCUCGUUCUCCCCAUGCUUCUUCCCUCCCAGACUCUCGUGCUACCUUUCCUCCCUCACCCCGUGAGGGAGAGGAAGCGGCAGCCCAGGAAGCUCCCCCAACUCCCUCCUGCUGCCGCUGAUGCUGCUGCUGAUGCUGCUGCUGCUGCUGUGGAAGAAAGGGAGGGUGAUGGGGCUAAGGAUGCUGCUUUGGCUGAUGCAGAGGCAGGCGGGGAGGCAGCAGCGACGGAGGGGAUGGAGGUGGAUGGCGGAGAGGUAGGGGAGGGAGAGGCAACAGCAGAGGGAGCAGCAGAGGCAGCGGCAGAGGAAGCAGAGGUGGAGGCAGAGGCGGAGGGGGAGUUGGAGGGCGGGGAGGAGGAGGAUGAGUUGAGGGAGGUACCGGUGCAGUUCAGCAGCGCAGAGGAGUAUGUCGACGUCUUUGAACGCCUGCUGCUGGAGGAAUGCCGCGCGCAGAUCCUCAGAGGGGCCGAGGAGCAAGGCGGCAUGGAGAGUCAUCUGGUGGUGGCGGUGCGCUGUGAGCGCGCCAACGAGUUCCACAUGGUGGGGGUGGCGUCCAAGGAGGCACUCGUGGCGGACUGUCAUGACAACGACCUGCUGCUGCUCUCCAAAGAAAAACCCUGGGGAGGCAGUGCACUACCCAACACAUACGCCAUCGCCAGUGUGGAGUCGCGCGAGACCAAGACGUCCCUGCGCCUGCGACUGUGCCUGGAGGACCCCUGGCAGUGGGCGGACCCCGGGGGACCACCCACCACCGCAGCAGCACCAGACGAAGAACAGGCCGGGGGAACAGCGGCAGGGGGGGAGGGUACUGAAGCAGGGCCGGCCGCGGGGAAGGCGAAGGGGAGGAGGUGGGGGGUGCGGCAGCGGGCGAGGGCGAACCGGAUGCUGUCGUUCCUGAUGGGGGCGGCGGCAACAGGCGGCAGUGCGUGCUGGGUGAGCAAGCUGUGCAACACGUCCACCAUCUCCCGGGAGUAUGCUGCUCUGCGCUCCGCCCCCACGCUCCCCUACAUCCGCACCGUCCUCGCCUCCCACAUGCCCGCCCCGGGGCACACUCAAGCUGUCGCAGCAGCAGGAGGAUCAGGAGGAGCGGGAGGAGCGGGAGGAGGAGUGGAGGACGAGGAGGAGGGAGGCGCGGGCGCAGGGCAGGGGAAGCAGCAGCAGUGGCGGGUGCCGGAGGGGCUGAUGGAGCAUCUGAGUGCGAGCCACAACGAGUCGCAGCUGAGAGCCAUCAAGGGCGGGCUGUCCCGCCGCCCCCUCGUGCUCAUCCAGGGGCCUCCUGGCACGGGCAAGACACAGGCCAUUCUAGGGUUGUUGAGUGUUGUUCUGCAUGGCCGCCCGGCGCACGAGAUGGGGGAUGCCAGCAACGGCGCCCAGCACAUCACCCACAUGACACAGCUGACAUGGCAGCAGCGGCAGCAGCAGUGGGUGCAGGCGUCCCCCUGGCUGCACGGGGUGAACCCGCGAGAAGCUGUACAACCAGAUGAUGAGGAGGAGGGCGGUGCAGGGAGCUCGGGAGGCAACGUCUUUGGUAGCACACAGCAGGUGGAGGUGUUGGGGGGUCAUCGCAAGCAGCGAGCGCACGUGCUUGUGUGUGCUCCCUCCAACGCUGCUCUUGAUGAGAUUGUUUUGCGACUGCUGCACACAGGCCUGAGGGACGACAUUGGAGGCAUUUAUUCGCCGUCGGUGGUGCGAGUGGGACUCAACGCCCACCACUCAGUGGCCUCUGUCGCCAUGGAUAACCUGGUAUCCCAGCGUGCCAGCAGCAUGGCGAGGUCAGCAGCGGGGGUGGGGGCCAAGACAGCAGGGGCAGGCGGGGUGGAGCGAGACAGAAUACGAGUCGCCAUUCUCGAUGAGGCCGCCAUCGUGUGUUCAACACUCGCCUUUGCAGGGUCGGGGGUGUUCUCGCGCAUGUCACGGCCAUUUGACGUGGUGGUCAUUGACGAGGCGGCCCAAGCGGUGGAGCCGUCAACGCUCAUCCCAAUGACACACGGGUGUUCACAGGUGUUCAUGGUGGGCGACCCUCUGCAGCUGCCUGCUACUGUGCUCUCCACACGUGCCGUGCACUACGGGUACCAUGGCAGCAUGUUCUCUCGUCUGCAGCAAGCAGGAUAUCCAGUGGUCAUGCUCAACACACAGUACCGCAUGCACCCCAUGAUCCGGCACUUCCCCUCGCACGAAUUCUACGGGGGCGCGUUGAGGGAUGCGCCACAGAUGGCACAGAACACGGCGCGGCCGUGGCACGCGGAGCGCGUGUUUGGGCCGUUGUUCUUCUUCGACCUGCACCAGUCCAAGGACGAGCAGCCUCCUGGAGGCUCAUGGAUGAACACGGACGAGGCGGAGUUUGUGAUGGUGCUGUACCGCCACCUGGUAGCAUUAUACCCGCAACUCAAGGAGUCCUCUGACGUCGGUGUCAUCUCCCCGUACAAGCACCAGGUGAAGCUACUGCGAGACAAGUUUCGAGAGCUGCUGGGCGAGGGGGCUCACAGAGUGGAUGUCAAUACGGUCGAUGGCUUCCAGGGCCGAGAAAAGGACGUGAUCAUAUUCUCGUGUGUGCGGGCGGGGAGGGGCAAGGGGAAGAGCAUUGGGUUUCUGUCGGACUUUCGGCGCAUGAAUGUCGGCAUCACCCGCGCCCGCUCCUCCAUGCUCGUGGUGGCGAAUGCAGCAGCGUUAAUGGUGGACGAGCAUUGGGGCAACCUGGUCAAGCAUGCCCGCUCCACCAACCGAUACCUCAAGAGGCACCUCAAAAGUCACCUCCCUCAUCCUCCCACCCUGCACGUGUCCCGCCCCUUCCACCGCAUCUUUGCCAGCGACCACCUGGAGAAGAUGAGAGUGCUGGCCCAUGCCGAGGCAUGCCAUCUGUCUGCCUUGUCUCAGCCCACACGCUGUCCCAUACUCAGCUACCACAUGAUAACUCCCUCAUCCCCCCCCCUGCAGGUGUCCCACCCCUUCCACCGCAUCUUUGCCAGCGACCACCUGGAGAAGAUGAGAGCGCUGGCUCAUGCCGAGGGCGAGGGGGAGGAGGGCGCGUCAGGAGUGGCAGCCGGCGGCGCAGCAGCAGGAGCACCACCAGCAUCAGCAGGGCCUGCUUUUAAGAAAGCGCCCACGCUGGAGGAUUACGGGGGGAAGCUGGAUAAGGGGGAUGGGGGGGUGGGUGGGGAAGGGGAUACGGUGGCGGAGGGAGAAGGGGAGGAUGAGGAGGGGCAAGGGGCGAUGGGAGGGGAGGAGGAGUUAGAGGUAGCGGUGGAGGUGGGGGACUUUGAUGAGGACAACAUCGAUGGGGAAGGUCUUGAGAUGACUCAGAAGGAGUUAGAGGUAGUGGAUGAGGCGGGGGACUUUGAUGAGGACAACAUCGAUGGGGAAGGUCUUGAGAUGACUCAGAAGGAGUUAGAGGUAGUGGAUGAGGCGGGGGACUUUCAUGAGGACAACCUUGACGGGGAGGGGCCAGUGCUCUCCUUGCCCUGCCCUUCCUCGUGCCUCUGCCUCUCCUCCUGCCUCUGCCUUUCCUCGUGCCUCUGGCUUUCCUCCUGCCUCUGCCUUUCCUCGUGCCUCUGCCUUUCCUCCUGCCUCUGCCUUUCCUCCUGCGCUUUGCAUCCGCCUUUCCUCCUGCCCCUGCCUGAGCUCCUCCUGCCACCUCUCUCCCACAAUCUCAUAUGGCAUGCGCAAGUUGCAUCUUUGGUAUUUUAG